AUGGUACAGGAGAAUAUCAAAGGCUUCACUGAUAAACAAGUUGAGCGGGCUAAUCGCGCACGAUCGGUGUAUCAUAUGGCUGGUGCACCAGGAGUUCAAGCGUUUCGUAUUGCAGUAAGAUCUGGUCUGUUCAAGAACUGCAACGUGAAUGAAGAAGAUGCAAUCAUUGCUGAAAAGAUACAUGGAAGGAAAGACAAAGCGUUCAUCAGAAUGUUCAAGAAGAUUAAGGCUAGACAAGAUGCUGAAGAUCUGAUGGACGAAGACUACAAAGAACACGAAUGGAUAACUGCCAAUGAGGACAUGGACUACAAAGACGAAUACAAGUCUGAACUAGACAAUGAAGAAACCAAGCAAAUGUUAGACGAACUGGCAGCUGAGUUAGUGAAACUUGGAAAACCAGACAAAGAAGAAGUUCUGUUCGAAUUUGAUGACAACAUGCAAGAAGAUGUGGCAGUUGAAUCAGAAGAGGAAGAUGGUGUCGCUCGUGCAGGAGUGAGAUUCGCGGACACAGAUGAUAAUGAGUCCGACAAUAAAGGAAUUGUGAGAAGCUACAGUGACGACGGUGUCAAGGUUGGAGCGAAAAGGGUACUUUGCCCAAGACACAAUCGAUCCUACUUCUCACAAGGGGUAAAAAUGAGACCCACUGAGAGAUACAGAAGCGUGCGAAUAUGUGAGGGUGUCAACGGUGGUAUCAAUGGGCAAGACGGAGUCUUGUUCAUUCAGCAAUCCUAUCUGAAUAAAGGACUGAAGAUAUUCAAGGAGCAAGGUAAAGACGCGGCCAUGAAAGAACUUGACCAACUGAUCAAGCACAGUUGCUGGACACCGAUCAGCAUUGAGAAACUAAGACCGACCGAAAGAAAGAAGGCGGUAGAUGCAAUGAUGCUACUGGCCAAAAAUAAUGAUGGCGUGACAAUCAAAGGACGCUGUGUAUUCAAAGGUAACGAGACCCGGGAUUGGUUGUCUUGUGAGGACACUGCAAGUCCCACAGCUUUGCAUGAAGCUAUUAUCUGCACGGGUGUAAUUGAUGCCCAUGAAGGUAGAAACGUCAUGUCAAUGGAUAUACCUGACGCGUUUAUCCAAACAUUGAUGCCCAAGCAGGAAGAAGGAGAAGAUCAAGUAAUAAUGAAAAUUACUGGACUGCUGGUUGACUACAUGAUUGACCUAGAUCCGACGUAUCGGGAUUUUGUAGUAAUCAAAAAUGGACAUCGAGUGAUCUAUGUUGUGAUCCUCCGUGCUAUUUAUGGGAUGUUACAGGCUCCGUUGCUAUGGUACCAAAAUCUGAGGGCAUCGCUGAAAGAAUAUGGACUUGUGUUUAAUGUAUACGAUCUGUGCAUUGCAAAUAUGAUGGUCAACAAAAAGCAACUGACUAUCAGGUUUCAUGUUGAUGAUGUGCUAGCAAGCCACAUGGAACAAAGAGUUCUCAAGGAUUUUUUUACAUGGAUAAAUGAGAGAUACGGAGGACUAAAGGAAGUGACUUGCACAUGGGGACAAGUUCACACCUAUCUGGGAAUGACAUUGGAUUAUUCAAAGAAAGGAAAGUUGAAGAUUCGAAUGGACGAUUAUGUCCAAAGAAUGCUCGACGAGUUUUCUGUCAAGUUUAAAGAGGAUGACAAACAGGAAACACCUGCUGGCAAUAAUUUGCUGGAGGUGGGAAAAGGAAAACUAUUGGAUAAAGAUCAACAGACCGAGUUUCACCGGUUCGUUGCAAAACAUUUGUUUUUGACCAAACGGCGUCUGGAUAUGCAUCCGACGGUAGCAAUUUUGGCAUCACAAGUUCAAAAUCCAAAUCAGAGUGAUUGGCAUAAACUUGUGAGACUUAUGAGAUACAUGCACUCUACCAAGAAAUGGCAUCUCACGCUGAGCGCUGACAACCUUCGUGUAAUGAAGUGGUAUGUUGAUGCGUCUUUUGCGGUUCACCCUGACUUCAAGAGUCACACAGGAGGAGUAAUGACCAUGGGUGGUGGAGCUAUGCAGGCUAUGUCCAAGAAACAGAAGCUAAACAGCCGCAGCAGUACACAUGCGGAACUAAUCGGAGUAGAUGAUGCGAUCACACAAGUGUUGUGGACACGCAUAUUCAUGGAAGAACAGGGUUAUCCGAUUGAGAAGAAUAUCUUGUACCAAGACAAUAUGAGUUCUAUUCUCCUUGAACAGAACGGGAGAUCAAGUGCAGGAAAGAGAAGCCGCGUAUUGAACAUCCGUUAUUUCUUUGUCACUGAUCAGGUUGAGAAAGGAAAUCUUAAGAUCGAACACAUGCCAACCGAUGACAUGUGGGGGGAUUAUAUGACAAAACCUUUGCAAGGGGAAAAGUUCUGCAAAUUUUGGGCAUUGAUCCAAGGGGAUCAGGAAGAUUAG